CGGCCUUCUGCUAUCUCCUGGAGCUGCAGUAUCAGCUCUCUCGCUGGUUUCGCCUGCUUUUUAUAACAUGAGGUAACCGUGAACGAGGUCGCUCACAGCACGUACAAAGACUACUUGAUCUCGUCGAGCCGCAGAGUCCGAUUUCGUCAUGGGCAACUGUUGGAGCUCGAGUUGCAAGAGACCCGUGUUCGUGGGCAGGGAUCAGAGAGAGUUCUGGUUCAACCGCUGGAAAACCGGAGACACUCCGUGGCAAACGCAAGGAAUACAUCGGCUACUGGAGCAGCACCAGGAGCUAGUCUUGGCGGGAAAGCAGAAUGCACGCGUGUUCAUUCCGCUCUGCGGAAAUGCCCAUGAACUCUUGUGGUUCUACAGGCACGCUCACAAUGUGAUUGGCGUGGAGUACAUCGAGAAGUCGGCGAGUGAGUUCUUCACGGAGAGUGGCCUUCCUUUUGAGGAAACUACCUGCCAUGUCUUGAAGUGUAAAGUCUUCCGUACUCUCGACCAUCGUUUGCAGAUAUUUGUCUGCAGCAUAUUUGAAUUCAACAGGAAUUGCGCUGGAACGAUGGACAUUGUCUGGGACCGGGGUGCCCUGGUAGCCGUAAACGAUGACGAGCGCCCAAGGUAUGCAAGUAUUAUGAAGUCACUUCUGUCACCUGGCUUUUCCUAUGCACUCUGCACUGUUGUAUACAACGACCCAUCUUUCAAAGGUUUUCCUCGCAGCGUGCCAGAUGACGAGGUCAUGAAGCUGUUUGGUGAUUUCAUGAAGCUGACAAAGGUGACGCAGUCGGAGGAGGAAAAGCGUCGCCACAUUUCUUCCGGCAUCGUCGAGACCCUCUGGCACGGCACGGGCUGAGCAGUGCCUCGUCUCACUGAUUCUUUCGACUAGAGUGUCAAAGUUUAGCCGAGCAAUGCCUCAUCUUACCGAUCCUUUUGACUGGAGUGUCAAAGUUUUGCUGAGCAAUGCCUCAUCUCACCGAUCCUUUUGACUGGAGUGUCAAAGUUUUGAAGCACCAACUGCACUCAUUGCCACAACUUUGUGACGGGACAACAAAACGAGGGAAUUCUUCUAGUUGCUGUGUUAUCAUGUCAAGUCAACAGAUAACAAAGCCUAGGAAAGGGUGGAGGCAAGUCAUUCGUAUUCAAGUGAAACUUGUAUGGCUUCACAAGUGUCAGUGGCAUAGUACAUGUGGCAUUGGCAUGACCAUUGGCAGUAUGCAUGUGACUGCUAAAAAUAAUAAAUAAUUAAUCGCAUCCGCAAGCACGUAUAAUUAACAAUGAGAGUAUCUGGGGUAUUACCGUAUGCACUCGCGUAAUCCUCGCACUCGCAUAAUUCCCGCACCCCCCACAUGGCCCAACAAAAAUACGAUUUUUUUUCUGCGAGUAAUUAUUGCACCCCUGAUAAUUGCCGUAAUAAUGUUGUUUGCUUGUUCCAACCAUUGAUGAUGAUAGC